AUGGCAGGAAUUCAAUCAAAUAACAGUGGUAUUGUUAAUCUAAUUAAUAGUUACAAGUGUGGCUCAUUGGAUGAAUCACUAUUCAGUGCUGAUUCCAAACGAUUCAUUAAUCAAGGAUUCAGUAUUACAUUUGAGCUUGACCGAAAAGCACAAGAAAUUGACAAUCAACUUCGUGAAGAUAUCAUUGAACGAAGAAAUAUUCGAAUGGCUGAUCGUAUCGCCAAAUUAUUACAAUGGAAAGUAGGCAAACAAUAUUUCUUCGCCUUAGGUGCUGGCCAUUUCCUGGGUCGCAAGUCGAUCUUGGCACUUUUGGAGACUCACGGGUUCGUUACAAAAGCUGUUACGGAAAAUGAUGAGAUUAGUUUUCGGGAACACGUAAACGAUAGACAUGUAUACGUAUUCAACGAAUUAUGGGUACGCGAUGACAAUAUAAAAACUGAUCCAGCAAUUGAUAUUAUGCUCACGGUGGACGAAUUACCCAAUAGUGACAAUUCAGACAGAGUAGGCCGAUCUCAAACCAUCAUUUUCAUCCUGAUGAUUGUAAUUUCAUUAGUUAUAUGAUAAUAUGGUCGUUUCAAAUCCAAUACUCGUAUGUUAUUUCGCUGUCCGUAUCAAUGAUAUGAAUACCUACCAAAACAUUAAUGACAUCCAAAGUUUGUUCACGCUACGAGAUAUCUUCUAAUGGUUGACCCAAAGCACUUGCAAAAUAGUAAGAAUUCAUAAGAGCAAAAGAAAGAAUCAAAAUCUUUGCUUUCUUCCUUAUGUAAAUCGAAAAUGAAACAAAUGAGACUAUGACCAUCAUUAGUGCAUGAAAUUUUACUGUCCGGACUUAUUCCACUUCGAACUCCACCACACGCCAGAAACAUAUGUAUACCGUAUAAUGACAUCGCCUAGGGAGAUUUUUAUCAAAGAGGUCCAAACUACAUUCGGAGUUAACGGGAUGGUUCCUGUUCACACCCCUCUUCACAUAUUCAACGAAUUUGACAAUCAUGAACAGAAAACAUGGCGGAAUGUACAGUAACUUCUUAAACUACCAUUAAAUAGUCUGAAAAUUUCCAGCAAUUCAAGAUGUAGACAAUGCUAAUGUUGAAAGAUGUUAGCGUUAAAAUACUGUUAGUGUUAAAACUUUUUUUCCCUCAACAAUCCAAAGUACUUCCCGCACUAAAUU